AUGGCCACUGAGGAUCGCGGCUCGAGGAAGAAGGUGCCACAGGUGUUGGCGACUAUCGAGAACUGCAUGCAUCUCACCUCCCUGUUGGUGCAGGCUCUCUCGCCCACUGUUGCCAUCACGCCCCUCCUCCAGCUGCCGCACGUUGGGCCCACCCAACUGCGUCAAAUCACCCAUGCCAAU